AAACCACAGUCCAUUAAUGAGUUUUGGUGCCAGUUUCGUUAGUUUUUUGAAUGCCAUGAUGACAUUUGAAGAAGAGAAAAUGCAGUUGGCUUGUGAUGAUUUAAAGGCCACAGAAAAACUGUGUGAGAGUGAAGAAGCUGGAGUUAUAGAAACAAUCAAGAAUAAAAUUAAAAGGAAUGUUGAUGGCCGAAAAUCUGCACAAUCCAUGAUGGAUCGACUACAGAGACAGAUAAUUGUAGCAGACUGUCAGGUUUAUCUGGCUGUGCUUUCUUUUGUAAAACAGGAAUUGUCAGCAUAUAUAAAAGGUGGGUGGAUCCUUCGAAAAGCCUGGAAAAUUUACAAUAAAUGCUACAUGGACAUUAAUAUGCUUCAGGAAAUAUAUCAAAAGAAGAUAACUCAGGAAUCCUUGACUUCUGAUGCUGCAAAUGAUAAUCAUAUUGCUGCAGAAGGUGUAACGGAGGAUUCGCUAAACAGACUGAAAGGUGCUGUUAGCUUUGGAUAUGGACUUUUUCAUCUUUGCAUAUCCAUGGUGCCCCCAAACCUGCUCAAAAUCAUCAAUCUGCUGGGUUUUCCUGGAGACCGCCUACAGGGGCUUUCAUCACUGAUGUAUGCAAGUGAAAGUAAGGACAUGAAGGCCCCUUUAGCUACAUUAGCUUUACUAUGGUACCACACAGUAGUUCGUCCCUUUUUUGCUUUGGAUGGCAGUGAUAACAAGGCAGGACUGAAAGAGGCUAAAGAGAUUCUUCUGAAAAAAGAAGCUGCUUAUCCAAAUUCUUCUCUGUUUAUGUUCUUUAAGGGAAGAAUACAGCGAUUAGAGUGUCAAAUCAACAGUGCCUUGACCUCCUUUCAUACCGCUUUGGAGCUUGCAACAGAUCAGAGAGAGAUCCAACAUGUCUGUCUAUAUGAAAUUGGCUGGUGCAGCAUGAUAGAAAUGAAUUUCAAAGAUGCAUUUGAAUCCUUUGAAAGGCUUAAAAAUGAAUCGAGAUGGUCCCAGUGCUAUUAUGCCUACCUGACAGCAGUGUGUCAAGGAGCCACUGGUGAUGUGGAUGGUGCACAGAAUGUAUUCAAGGAAGUUCAGAAGCUUUUCAAAAGAAAAAACAAUCAAAUUGAACAAUUCUCAGUCAAAAAGGCAGACAGAUUCAGGAAGCAAAUACCAACCAAAGAGCUCUGUGUUCUGGCAUCUAUUGAAGUGUUGUAUUUAUGGAAAGCCCUUCCAAACUGUUCCUUUUCUAAUCUUCAGCAUAUGAGCCAAGCUUGUCAGGAGGUUGAUGAUUCAUCUUCUGUCGGUUUGAAAAAUUUGCUUCUUGGUGCCAUACAUAAAUGCUUAGGAAAUUCUGAAGAUGCUGUUCAGUUUUUUCAGCGAGCUGUUAAAGAUGAACUGUGCCGUCAAAACAACUUAUACAUUCAGCCGUAUGCUUGCUAUGAACUUGGCUGUCUAUUGUUGGACAAUCCAGAGACUGUGCCAAGAGGCAAAAUCUUACUUCUCCAGGCAAAGGAGGAAUUCACUGGAUAUGAUUUUGAGAACAGAUUGCAUGUCCGCAUACAUGCAGCCUUAGCCUCUCUGAAAGAAGUGGUUCCACAGUGACAGAUGGGAAUUCAUUACAUAUCCUUUCCCAUAGUUCCGCACUUUAAGAUAAAGCAGAGGAUAAAGCUUUUGAGAAGAUUGGCUUUUCUUCUGAAUACCACUGUGCCAGAGACACUUUCCUAGAAUGUUGAGAUUGGUGUUGUGUAGUAAAAGUAUUACAAUCUUAAUAAUUAAAAAUAAAAUAAGUCAGCCAGAGGGAGAGGGUUAAGUGAUGUUGUGUUUUAACUCUUCAUUUAGUUUAAGCCAAGCUGAACAUGUGUAGUUUGUGAUUGUGCAGGUAAGGCUACAAUAAGCACAUAUCUAAUUUACUGGAACAACAUUGGCUCAGUUUUGACAAGUAUAAUUUACCAAUUUAAAUAUGUCUAAAAGAUGUUUUCUAGGGAGAACCUCCUGUUUGAUAAAAAUAAUACCAUAUAAAUAACUGUUGGAAAAUUGUAAGUUAUCAGAGAUCGACAGAACUUUUUUCCUUCAAAAGCCAACGAAAAGGAGGGGCACAAAAGAAAACUGUUCAGCCAGGACAACAGCCAGUUUGUUCAUUAUAUUUACUGAGUUAAUCCAAUGUCUUUAUGGUGCAUAAUAUGUGUGUAUUUUAGAAAACUUUCACUCAUUAUUGUGAUAAAUUAUGAACAUUUUAGGGUCUUUUCUUCUGAUAUUUUCCCGCCAAAUAUUUUGUUUUAUUAAUAUUCUAAAUGGUGCAGUGGCCUGCUAGGCUGUAUGUUACAAGACUUAGCAUAUUGUUUCCCACUCAAGUUGCUAAAUCUUGUAAGAUAAGGCAGUAACCUUAAAAAAUAAUCUUUAUUUUUAAGCAAGGAUGUCUUACUGAAUAGUAUCACUUCACUUCCUUCCAUAUAUGGUACUCUAAACCUCAGGUGUUUAAAGUAUUCAUAUACCUCAGUCAGCCUAAGAAUAUUGACAACCAUAUAACUUUAAAAACAUGGCCAAAUGUGUAAUAAUACUGUAAUCUGUUUGUCAAUCAGUGAUACUCACUGUCUUUUUAUGUUGUGUCAUUUUUUUAGUAUAAUAUUUUAUGGAGAUACACAUUUUGUUUAUCAAAAACCUGGCCGGAAUAAUAGCUGCUUUGUAUAACUGAUGACUGGAUUUCCUUGGAAAAGGUUACCUUCACACCUUAUCUUUGCUCUGGCCAGAUUACUUUAAAUGUUUCUCUAGUGUUUCUCUCUCUCUCUCUCUCUCUCUCUCUCUCCCCUGAAUGUUUUCAAAAUAUAGUCCACAUCUCACCUGUGAGGGUUUGCUUUAGGAGUUGCAUUUCAGUCCUUGUCUAUAGUUACCCAGAGAUCAGUACUGCUGGAGAGUGACCUUCUGGGGUUCGAUUUAGCAAGUGUAGUAAGGACUCGCUAAAUUCAGUGCUGAUACUCCCUGACCUCCCAUAGCUGUCUGCCACAAAAAUUUGAUUUAAAGUACAUCGGCUCCAGCUAUGCUAUUUUUGUAGCUGAAGUUGCAUAUCUGAAGUUGAAUUUCUCCCCCAGUGUAGACCUGGACUCAAAUGUUACCUAGUAUUUGGGGGGUGGGAAAUAAUGCUCUGAAUUCUUUAGACAGGGAGAAAACAGAAAAGAUUAACAACCUUUGCUUUCUAACUAGAAAUACAGAAUUCCCACUGUUAAGGAUUUAGUUAGGAGUAGUCCAAGCUCCCCUUUCAAUUGUAACCUUGAUUGUGAUUUAAAAGUGAGCUUAAUAUACUUUAAUUAUUUUUAUUUCUGAUUUAUCUGCUUUUUGUUUUUUAAUCAAGGAUAUACUCCACUCUGGAUAAAUAGCAAAUGAGUAACUUUACUUUACCCACGGAUUUCUUAUAGUGCACCAUUUGAACUGAACACAACAACACACCGUCCAGAACACAAAACUCCUGCAUUCACUUAGUGUUGGGAUGUGAAGGGUCUGGAUAACCAAGUUGUACAGUAGAGACAGUAUACAAGUAGGUUUACCAAAUGGCCUACUCCUGUCACCGGGCCUGUGGAGUUGGAGUGGUAUGGAAACAGACUUAUCACAUUAUGUAUUCAUAUACAACACCUAAGCUCUGUGCAAGUUUCAGUUUCUUCAAGGAGUCAGAAAAUUAUCACUGAAGUGGAACUGUUUCUGUAUUUUUCUCCCCUCAUAGGAGAAUAUCCUUAUUUGUAAAUGUCAGUUAUUUUUAUAUUAGAUUAUGCCUGUGAUGAGAACAAUCUCAACUGUAUUUUAUGUAACUUGAAUGAGUUUUUAUAUUUUAGAGCUCGGAGGCAUGGUCUAAUAGCAAUAAUGCAAUAUGCAUCUUCCUGGUGAAUAUGUUUAAUAUUUUAUCUUUAUUGAGUCAGGUAUUUUUUGGUGUUUACACAGUUUUUUAUCUCAUUAUGGCUCAUUUCAAGUAAAUAACCAGAAUUUUUAGAUGUCACCAAAAAUAAGAUUAUUUAUUGUGAUGUACUGUAAAUGUCAUUAAUUUACAGAACUUGCACUUUUAUAUUUCUGCUCAUAAAAUUAAAAGAAAACACAAAUCCUA